AUGACACUAGCUGAUCAGUUACCAGAGUCCACGAGCAGGAAUUUGUUGUUAAAUGCUACGGAGAGGGUAGCUGUGUCUUUAUACCCCUUUCUCGACAAGCCCAAGGGACAAAAUGCCACCCAUGAACCCGUAGCGGAUCUCCGGGCAUCCUUUGAGCCAGGCUCAGCCGGUGUGGUCAUCCCAACCAGCAAUAACACUCUCCGCUUCGCGGCCCACCUCAUUGGCACUCUGCGCUCGGUUCUAAAUUCAACCUUACCGAUUCAAAUCGUCUAUGCGGGUGAUGAUGAUCUCAAUCAGGAUGACAGGGCCCGUUUAUCAAACAUUGUGGAAUCUGGCCCUCCCCUUGAGUUUCUUGACAUCCUCACCGUUUUUGAUGACUCAACACUCCAGUUGCAGACGGGUGGUUGGGCCAUCAAGGCCUUUGCAGCCUUGGGCUCACAUUUCGAACGAGUAAUCCUAGCCGACGGUGAUGCUGUUUUCUUUCAACCUCCCGAGGUCCUGCUCGACCAUGAAGCAUUUGUUCGAAGUGGGGCUUUACUGUUCCAUGACCGACUCCUCUGGAAAAAUGUGUUUCCAGAGCGCAACGAAUGGUACAGGAGUCAGAUUCGCCAGCCAAGUGCGACGUUGGAAAAGUCACUUGUAUGGACGGAGAAUUAUGCCGAAGAAGGCGACUCUGGUCUAGUUAUCCUUGAUAAGAGCCGAACGGACACACUCAUUGCCCUGUUCCACAUAUGCUGGCAGAAUUCGUAUGAUGUGCGCGAGGAAGUCACGUAUAAGAUCACAUACGGAGACAAGGAGACGUGGUGGCUUGGUCUUGAGCUCACGGGUGCGACUUACGAGUUCUCGGGGCACUAUGGUGGGAUUGUUGGCUGGGGCGAGGUGGAUAGUAGGGGCCAGAACAAGGUGUGCAGCUUUGUCAUCGCUCAUGUUGAUGCAAAGGAUAGACUCUUGUGGUAUAAUGGGAGCCUUCUCAAGAACAAGGGUAAGAGCGGUAUGACCAAUGAAUAUGAAGUUCCCACCCACUGGAUGAUUGAUGGCAAAUGGCAAAAGGGCGAUCGCAAGGAGGAUAUGAGUUGUAUGAAGGGAGGUGAAGCGAGGAAUUUGACUCAAUAUGAGCUCAACAUCAUGGAACGAUCGAUUGGUCUUGCUAAACAUCUUGAUGCUAUGCUAUACCCCGUAUCAAACGAAACCGAAAGGACAUGA